AUGCACCAGCCAUGCACCAGCCAUGCACCAGCCAUGCACCGCUACGUCACCGCCGGCUGUUGUGCACAGAUGGCAUCCGACUGUCAUGAGCUGUUCUUGAGAGGAGAGACCACCAGUGGGAUCUAUACCAUCCAGCCAAUCAAUGCAGAGCCCUUUAAAGUCUUCUGUGAGAUGAAAACCGAUGGCGGAUGGACAGUGAUCCAAAAGCGCCAAGAUGGCUCAGUUGACUUUGACCAGCAGUGGCAGGCCUACGAGAAGGGCUUUGGCAGCCUGAAUGGAGAGUUCUGGUUGGGGCUAGAAAAGAUCCACUCCAUUUCUAAGGAUGGCAACUACAUCCUCAACAUCAAGCUCUCUGACUGGAGUGGAGAUUCAGAAGAUGUGCGCCUCCCCUUUCAUCUUGGCGGAGAGGAAACCAAGUACUCACUCAAGAUUGAGAAGGCCGAAGCUUUCAGCCCCUUGGAGACUUCCCUGGGGACUGACGCGACCUCCGGCCUGCCUUUUUCCACCAGCGACCAAGACAACGACCUGAAAAACGACAUCAACUGCGCCAAGCACCUUUCUGGUGGCUGGUGGUUCAGUAACUGCGGUCGCUCCAACCUGAACGGCAGAUACUUCCAGAGUCCCCCUCCCAAGCAGCGACACCAGAGGAAGCAGAGCAUCUUCUGGAAGACCUGGAGGGGCCGCUACUACCCUCUGAAGUCCAGCAGUAUGAUGAUCGCCCCCGCUGCGAUCACCAAUAAGUCAUAAAAAUAUAAAGAGACAGAUUAAAGUUGCGUUAAAAAGAAGGGGGCAGAAAGAAGUAGAUGUUGUACUAUUCUUUCUUUUCUUGAUGCUUGGUUGAUGAGGUAGACACAUCAUUUCCCCUGGUUGUCUCCCUGCAAGGGAGACCUUACACCAAAGUCAAGGCCCUCAAAAAAAGAAGCAAAAAUAACUCACAUUACAUGAGUUCCAGGUUUCCCCUGCUCUGUUCUCUGAGAGAAGAAAAGAUUCCUCCCCUGCACCCAGAGCCACAGAUGGAAAAGAGACUCAAUGUGCAGUGGAAAGUUUUUCAUAUGUUGAACCAUUGCAGAGGAUUCCUUCUAUUUGGCACAAAGCAGGGGCCCCAAGACAAGAGAACAUUGCAGGGCGAGUCCCGGCACGUCCACUGUGCUGUGAGCCACUGAUGAUUUGCAACAAGUAGAGACGCAUCACCAGACAUGUGGUGUUAACUAUAUAUGUGGGCUGUUGUUGAGAUUGAAUGUGGUUUUGUAGCAGGUAAACAGCACUGCCAGCUCAAAAACAGAUUUGUAAAGAAUGCAUGUAGGGGUGAAAUGGAGGCCGAUUAAGUAGGAGUUUUAGGCCCAAUGGUGCGGACCAAAUAAUGACCUAAUUUAAACAAAGACUUGUUUUUUGCAUCAGCAUGAUGAAAUUUGUUUUCAAAAGCAUUAUGUAAAGUUAUAAAUCACUGUAAACUAGUAUAAUGAGCAGAAACUGUGUUAAGACUGAUGUUCAUGGUGCACUCAAAACCAUUCCCACCUUUUGGACGACAUAUUUUCCGUUUGCAAUUGUGGAAAAAAAUCAAGCAUAUUCUUUACUGCCUUUUUUCCCUGGUGAUUUUGACGAUGUUAGGUCAUAUUGACCUAUUUAAAUAAGAGAGGCAUGGUUUUGUACAUAGUGUAUGAAGGAAUGUCUUCUGUCUUUCAGAAUAUAACUGUUACUGAUUUGUUGUGACAUUAUCUGUUGUAUUCAUGACUUCAGUGUUUGUUCUUUUAGAUGUUCCCUUUCCUUAUUUAAAUGCAAAAGAAUCCAUAUAUAUAUAAAUAUAUAUUUCUGGUGCUGUCUGUCUGUAAUUUAUAUUGUCCUUGUCGUGUUUACCAGAUGUACAGUUGUUUUUUAAGAGGCCUAACCAUUUUGGGGCCAUUAUGAGCUAAUAAAAUAUCUCUAAACUAUUA